CUGAUGUUGUGGUCCAGUCAAACCCCUCUGCUCCCAGCAUUCCCUGGUUCACUGGCUCUGUGACAUCACAGCCUCCUCUCUGCUCUGCCAGCUGCAGAACCAGAAAGAUCCAUAAAGGCACCAUCUAGCCCAACUUCCUCUUCUCCUUGAUGAAGCCCCUGAGACUCAGAGAUGCACGCCGACUUGCCCGCAGCCACUCAGCAAGUUAGUGGCGGAACCAGGACCUAAACCUGCAAGACUGAGCUUCAUUGCAUGUUCUCCUGGGACCUAGACCAGCUGGAAUAUUCUGGAGCCGACGAACCAAUGAAGGGAAGGGAAAAGGGAUGGAAUGGCCAUUGACUUGGCAUUUAUUGGCAUUAUCAUGUGCCAAGCACCACGGGGGUGGGGGGGGUGACUUGUCACAUAUUUAACCCUUUACUUCUGCAGGCAGACUCUUCAUUCCCCCUUUCCCCAUGAAAAGACUGAGGUUCCAGAAGGAAAACAGUCCUGCUCCGGGAACUGGGCUCCAAGUCAAGACCAGCUGAUUCAACCAAGCGCCCCCUCCAGGCAGAGCUGGCAGAGUAAAAUUUCAACUCCUCUCCAUGGCCCACCAAAACCUGGCCUCGAAGAUCUUCUGCUUAUGCUGCAGAGACUGUGAGGAGCCCCACACCAUGGACGACUCCAAGGUCCCCAGCCAAACCCAAGAGCAUCAGCCAUCGAACUGCAGCUUGCAGAAGGGGGAGCUGUCCAGCAAGAGUUCCAAGCAUGCUAAGGAAGCCUCCGGCUUGCCUUUGGGACAACCUCUGAUCCACCCAGAAAAGAGAGCCUCUUCCACCAGCAACAACGAGUAUGAAGAAUGGAAUACACGUGUGUGCCCAAGAGGUUUUUACAAGAGAAACCUAAACUGCUACUCUCAGGACCACUGGCCAUUCCAGCCAUGCCACAUAGGGAGACCCUGACCAUUCUAGUCCGCAGCUCCCAGGCAGGCCUCCAGGACUGCAUGCUGCUGGAGGGGCUCCAGGAGGAAGGGGGAGGUGAGCGGGGGCCAUGAAGACAGAUUCAGAAACUCCCCCAGAGGAGGAGAAGAAGUCUGAGCCACCUCUGAGCCACCAGCAAGAAUUCCUUCCGCUCCUAAAAAAGCCACUGUGGGGGGAGCUGCCUCCAAUUAAAGCCCUUGGUGAUAUCACGGGACUGUGUCUCCUCCUUCCC